AUGGGACCCCUUACAAAUAUCUUUAUCUUUGCCUGGGUCUUUAUAUUCACUCUUUGGAAUAAUAUCCAGAUGACUGUGGAAAAUGAAUUUACUGCAAACUAUUCAAGCAAUUUGCUAACUACUGUCCCAAAAAACAUUUCAGUUAAUAUUCGUUUAUUAGAUUUAUCAUAUAAUAAGAUUUCUGAAUUUAGUAUCUUUGAUUUUAUGCCUCUUUCUGACCUUCGAGUAUUGAAUCUUUCUCAUAAUCUAAUUACAGAUCUUGACUUCAAUGCCUUCAUGUUUAAUCAAGAUUUAAAAUACUUAGAUUUGUCUCAUAACAAGAUUUUGAAAGUUUACUGUCAAGCUGUUGAAAGUCUUAGACAUUUAGAUCUUUCUUUCAAUGAGUUUACUGCCUUGCCCAUCUGUCAGGAAUUUGGGACCAUGUUUCACCUCGAAUACCUAGGAUUAAGUGCCACGAUGAUACAGAGAUCAGACUUCAGAUCCAUCACACAUUUGCAGCUGCACACUGUCUUCCUAACCUUACAAGUCUUUUCUAGGUAUGAACCUCAGAGUCUGAUAGCCUUAAAUACAAAGAGCCUCCACAUAGUCUUUGCAGACAACCAGAACUUCAGUUUUUUCCUCUUGUAUGAUGGAAUGAGCACGUCAGAAAAUUUAAAAAUAACUAACAUAAGAUAUAGUGUGAGUUACAAAGAUUUCCCUUUUCCUCCAUUAGACCUUCUGAAAAAAAUCAAGACAAAAGUCCUGGUGCUAGACAAUGUGGAUUUACAAUGGGGUAUCAUUUUCCAGAUUUUUUUGCUUAUUUGGUAUUCACCUGUAGAGUACUGGACUGUGAAAAACGUAACUUUUCGAGGAUCAGUGGGAAAAGUGACAGAAUAUGAAUAUUUAUUUUUCUUAAGCUUUCAGGAACGAUUGAUCGAUUCAGGUAGCUCCUUGAAAGCACUAACUUUAGAACACGUUCGUAAUAAGGUUUAUUAUUUCAACCAAGGAAUUCUAUAUAGACAAUUUUCAGAGAUGAAUAUUGGAAAAUUAACAAUAUGUGAUGCAUAUAUGCCACACAUGCUUUGCCCCAAGAGAAUAAGCUCGUUUCAGUAUUUAAAUUUUUCUCACAAUGCCCUGACAGAUGAAUUGUUCCAGAAUUGUGUCACUCUGACAGAUUUGAAAUCACUUAUUUUGAGGAGAAAUAAAUUUAAGAGCCUGUUCCGGGUGAGCCUAAUGACCAGCCAUAUGCAAUCGCUGAGCUAUUUGGACAUGAGCAGCAACAUGCUGCAUUACGAUGGGGCUGAGGAGCACUGCCAGUGGGCCGACUCCCUGACGGAGCUGGACUUAUCCUCCAACCAGCUGACCGAGUCCGUGUUUGAGUGCUUGCCGGUCAAUAUCAAAAGGCUGGACCUACAGAACAACCAGAUUGCGAGUGUGCCCAAAGGGAUUGCUGAGCUGGAGUCCUUGAGAGAGCUGAAUCUGGCUUCGAACCGUCUAAGCGACCUGCCCGGCUGCAGCAGCUUUCCUGCGCUGGCAGCCCUGAACAUCGAGAUGAAUUCAAUCCUCGCGCCGUCGACGGACUUUGUCGCGAGCUGCUUGCUUGUGAUCGCGCUGCUCGUGACGCUGGUGCUGGUGGCCAUCGUGGCCUUUCUGUGUAUCUACUUUGAUGCCCCGUGGUACAUUCGGAUGACUUGGCAAUGGACGCAGACGAAGCGGAGGGCUUGGCACGGUUGCCCCAGAGAGCAGGAAGCGGCUCUGCAGUUUCACGCCUUCAUUUCGUACAGCGCGCGCGAUUCUGUGUGGGUCACGAAUGAGCUGAUCCCAAACUUGGAGAAAGGGGAGGGCUGUGUGCGGCUGUGCCAGCACGAGAGGGACUUCAUCCCGGGCAAAAGCAUCGUGGAGAAUAUCAUUGACUGCAUAGAGAGGAGCUACAAGUUGAUCUUUGUGCUGUCUCCCAACUUUGUGCAGAGCGAGUGGUGUCACUAUGAGCUCUACUUUGCCCACCACAAGUUAUUUAGCGACAGCUCCGAUAGCUUAAUCCUCAUUUUACUGGAGCCGAUUCCUCCGUACAUCAUUCCUGCCAGGUAUCACAAGCUGAAGGCUCUCAUGGCCAAGAGAACGUACCUGGAGUGGCCAAAGGAGAGGAGCAAGCAUGCCCUUUUCUGGGCUAACUUGAGAGCAGCUAUUAGCAUUAACCUGCCUAUAUCUUUUCAAGCAAAUGAGGCAUAG